AUGCCGGAGCCUGACGCCAAACGUCGCGUCCUCACCUGGCAGGCACAACACAAAGACAAGCACCUCAUUCCCAGCUCCAACACAGCAGCCUGGAUGACCCCGCACAAAAGUGCCCACAAACGUUUGAAGAAUCGAGCCACCAAGUAUGCAGCCAGCCUUCUCCAAUCCAUCUUGCACCAGACCGACCCUGACCAGCUUGACAUUGACUGGAACAAACAGAUCAUCUGGUACCGCGACAUGCGGGUUGUUGCCUUCCACAAGUCGGAUUUGCUGCCGGGCCCUGACCCCGCUAACCACGAAGCGAAGAGAUCCCUGCGCUCCAGCAGGCUCUCCGUGACCUGCAGUCUGAAUGACUCCCCAGCCCUUGUGGCACAGUGCAUGUCCCUGAAGCACAGCACCAGCAGCCUCCCUCUGAUGUUCGGCCCUUGCAAUUCCAUGCAAUUCCUACAGCUUGCCUCGUGGAAUUUCCGGGGGAAGUCUCUCUUUCAAGUUGCUGACGUGCUGUCAGAUCAGGCAAUUCACUUUGAUGUCAUUGCGCUGCAGGAGGCCGGUGGUCUUUCCCAAGGAAAACUCACUGCUGAUGGCUUCCUAGAUGCCGACGACCCAGCCAUACAACUGCAUGACGAAUUGAAUGACUACUGGCUAGUGGCCACUGACCAACUCAGCAGCCACCUUGGCGCUGCAUCAUCCUACUUGCCCAUUGGUACUCCUCAGAUCGUGCCAGCUCUUGAACAACUCCUUCCCUCCGAUCACAAGAUGGUGACUUGGGAAACGGCGCUGCUCCCACCACUGGCCCACCAGCAGUGCACCUCUCGUCACCGUCGCCGGCCUGGACGAUGGCAAGUUGACCCUGCUCGGCCCCAUGCCGGCUUGGCCAAGGAUGAUCACAGCACCUGUGACUGGAAGCGACUUUGUCUCCUGGCUCGGCACUGUCAAUACCGCCCUCACAGCCACAAGUUCAAGGACUCCCCAGAACUCAAACGACUCUGCCGACCCCGGAAUGGAACUGCAGAAGCCGCCCAACGAGCCUCCAUUUCACGCCACAUCAUUGCAACCCGACGUGCUGAACGGGCCGCUUGGCUUAACAACCUCUACACUGCGGCCUCUAGCGGCGUCUCCUCCGCCAUAGCCUUCCUGAGGGCACAGCACAAGGCAACCAGCACGUGGAGCCACCUUCUUGCACACUCUGGCAGCCAGCCCGCAGCCAUAAACAAAGUGAAGGAUCACUUCCAACAAGUCUUUGCCAAAACGCCUCCCAACAGCAGAGCAGCCGAUUGCACACCCCACUUGGCCACACUGCAGGCCCACAUGGCCCACACUGAGCCUCAACCCAUCCACGCUGAUGAGGCCGCUAACAUCACAAUGGCAUCCCAAAUUCGACCUAUCCUGCUGCUGGAAGUUGUGCAAAAAGUGUAUGCUAGCAUUCUCAUGCGCCGUCUUGCCCACCACUGGCCACCUAUCACCGCUCAACUCGGUGCAGUCCCUGGCGGUCAGCCCAUCGAAGCUCUUUUUGCUGCCCAGCACAUGAUAGCCCUGGCCACCGUCACAGACAAACAACCACUUUUCCUCAAACUGGACAUCAAGGGUGCCUUUGACAACCUUCGUCAUGCAAGCGUGGCCGCCUUCCUAGCUACGCUGCCAGCGCCCGCCUGCUACGAGUCCAUGCGCUUGCUGAGCUUGCUUCUUGAGCAAAAGAUUCACCUCUCCUUUCUCCAUGACCAUUGGGAGCUUCACACCUCCAAUGGCACGCCGCAAGGGGGUAGUCAUUCUGCCGGGCUCUUUGCCCGAACAUUGGAUCAUGCCAUUGGCCAGUUGCUGCGUACCUGGGAAGCUGCAGGUCACAGUCCGGUUUUCCCGCCCCUAUGGCUGCUUCUGUUUGUUGAUGACAUCCUCCUCUGUUUUCGUGGUUGGGUGCAAGCCAUCCGACUGUUGCCUUCAUUUCUGGAAUGCCUGUCCACACUGGGCCUGGAGGUCAACUAUGCCAAAAGCUGCCUGGUGCUCAGUCCCGCCUUGCGUUCAUCACCUCCGCCAUCUCCCAGCCUUGAGCUCCUGAAGCGGUUUCCAUGGGUAGAGAACACACAAUACCUUCGCAAACCUUUUGGUUAUCGCUUGGAAGUUGAUGCAGUACACCAUCAAUCCCUUCAACUCAUCUACGGCGCUUGUGGCAAGCUCAAGCCCGUCCUGAAGAGAUGCCACUGGACAAACCCCCUAUCAACCAGCCGGCUGCUUGAUCAAUACGUUGGUUCUGCCUUCCUCUGGCUCUCUCCAGCAUUGCACCCAUAUCAACAGUUUCGGCACAAGCUGCGGGUUGUCCAAACCACCUUGCUAAUCGAGGCACUCAACCUGUACAUCCCGGCGGUGAGUGACAACACAGCACGCCAGCUGUUGCGCUUUCGACGACACAUCGUGAAGCGUUGGAUUCUGCACAUGACGCCUUCGGGCAGCUGGGACCAACAGUAUACCUUUGCCGGUACUGGUCCUUCCUUGGUCACAUAUGCCGACAGGACUAUUGCAGUCACCGCCCCGCCAAGAUCAUGCUGCACCACGUCAUUGGCCAACAUGCUCAAAAACUCAAUCGACCGGGCAUGGAAAUCCCUUACUCCAUGCUUCUUGAACUGGCAAGAUGUGCCGCUGCUCCGGUACAAUGUGGAGUUUUUGGAUGCACAACCCUGGGACCAUCCCAAGCACCUCCUACGCACGCAGAUUGCCUGGUUGCAAGUUGUUUUCAUUCACGUCUCUCCAGGGCUCCUGACAGCUGUCUGGUUGGACCAAGCUGCUGGUUUUUGUGUUUGGACAUCAGCAGGCACAUCGCUCGACUUGGGCUCUGUUCUUUGCGGUGGCAUGGAUGACUUGUGUAUGAUGGUCACUGUCCAGAAUGGUUCCUUCCAUCAUGUCGAGCGAGUGCUGCUUGCAGCAGCAGGAUUGUACGGCUUUGCAGAAGUGGCGGGACGGAGGCCUAUGAAAGUUCCUUUCUCUUCAGUGGUCGCACAAGGCUACAGUGUUGUGAAGGAGCUUGGGCGUGGGGGACAGGGCACCAUGUAUCUUUGCACCAAGCGAUCCUGGUUUCGCACGUCCAAAUAUUGCAUUAAAUUUUAUGAGAAAGCUGAUGCAAACGCAGGCGGCUUGGAUGAACUCAUGGAUGAAUAUGUUUUGAUGUCCAGCUUGGACAAUCCCCACAUCGCCAAGACCUAUGAGGUGUUUCAAGACAAAUCCUUUUACUACCUGGUGAAUGAGCCAUAUUUUGGCGGUGACCUCACCAAAUUGGGCAAGAACGCCUACCAGACCGAUGUCAGGAUGAGCGAAAAUUGGUGGCGCGUCAUUUUCCGCCAGUGCAUGGAAGGGCUUUGCUAUUUGCAUGGUCAAGGUGUGAUGCACUGUGACAUAAAGGAGCCAAAUAUUAUGAUCUCUGGAACUGACUACGCGGUGCCCCAUGUCGUUCUCAUCGACUUUGGCCUCUCUACUGCGUUCACCAGCAAUCGGGAAGGAGUUUGUGGCACUCCUGGCUACAUCCCGCCAGAAACGUGGAGGCUGGCGACAUGA